AUGGGCGGCGGCGCCACCACCACCACCUGCCAAGACCCAGAGGCCGGCGCCGCCGCCUCCGGCCACGGCGGUGGUGGCGAGGGCCGCCGGAGCGACGCCCACCGCGGCGGCGUGAAGCUGAUAAGGGCGGACGGCGGAGUGGAGGUUUACCACCGGGCGGUGAGCGCGUCGGAGCUGAUGAGCGAGCACCCUCGCCACCUGCUCUGCCGCUCCGACGCCUUCACGAUCGGCCAGAGAAUCCCCGCCAUCCCCGAGGAGGAGGUGCUCCAACCCGGCGAGGCCUACUUCCUCCUCCCCGUGCACUUUUUCCAGUCCGUCCUCUCCUUCGUCACCCUCUCGCGCGCCGCCACCGCCGGCAACGGCGGGGCGCUGCUGCAGGGGCCGUUCGACGUGCAGAAGACCCCAUCGGGGAAGCUGCAGAUCAGGGUCUUCGAGGGCUUAGCCGGGAGGAGUAAGGAGGUCGAGGACAGAGCGGGCGGCGGGAGGGUGUGCACCACGGCGGCGCUGGAGAAGGACUACUGGCAGCUGGUGGCCGGAGGGAAGGCGAGGCAGUGGAAGCCGAAGCUGGAGACGAUAACGGAGUCGGAGAUGGGGAGGGGGAAGCUGGUCUUCGUGGCCGCCGGUGCCAUGGCCCUCGUCGGCAUCAGGAGACGGAGAGAUCCCCACCAGGGCCAGGGAGAUCAGCGGAAUCGCCACCGUAAACAGCAAUAG